UCACUGAUCGUGCACCAUCGAUUGGGUAUAUAAAGGACAUGCAAUCACCGCAUACAGUUAUCUACUGCUCUCUUUCCCACCACCACUUACUUCACAAACACAUUAUUCCUCAUGGGUUGGUUCGAUCAGCACGAAGACUCCUACGCUCAGGUCGAGAACGCCCCCCACGAGGCCUCCUUCUCCCACGAGCUGAUCGCCGGUGCUGCUGCUUUCGAGGCGGCCAAGGCGUACGAGAAGCACUGCGCUGAGAAUGGCAAGCCGGAUAGCCACGCGACGGCCAAGGAGCUCAUCGCUGGCUUCGCUGGUGCUUUCAUCGACCGCCAGGUCGAGACUAGAGGCCUUGACUACAUCGACAAGGAGCGUGCAAAGCGUGAGGCGGAGAGACAUGUCGAAGAGUCGUUCACCGAGGAUGUCUACGUCGACACUUACUAAGCAGCGAAGGAUCUUGUGUACCUAUGUACCACAUAUCUGGAAAAUGUAUAACACUUUUGGAUGAAAG